AUGUUUUGGGUUCAGUUCCACAUUUUUGUGCUAAACCUCCCGUUCUCCUGGCUUCGUGGUGGACCUUUCACUCCUAGCCCCAUUCAGCGUCAGGGGGUGGGGAAGGGGUUCUGGGCCUCGCUCAAGACCCUGGCCCCUGUGCCUGUUGAUGUGGAUAAUGGAGAGAAGAAACCCACUCCACCCCCGAAAAAGCCCAGUUCUGGGGACGAUUUCAACUUAGAAGAUGCCCUGGGUGGUGGAGGACACAAUGACCCGGCACCGCCUAACCCACCCAAGCCCAAGCCGAAUCCGAACCCCAACCAACCUGGUUCCAGCGGUGACAUUUCAGAUCAUGAUCUUGAUCACGGACUUUCAGGCGGAGAUGACACAGGAGGUGGUGGUGGUGGUGGAAGCCCCAGGAAUGAGGAGGAACAGGCGGACACCCCUGGCGUGAUCCCUGGGAUCGUGGGGGCCGUGGUGGUCGCUGUGGCCGGAGCCAUCUCCAGCUUCAUUGCGUACCAGAAGAAGAAGCUGUGCUUCAAAGAGAAUGCGGAACAAGGCGAGGUGGACCUGCAGAACCAUCGGACCACCAACGCAGAGCCGGCCGUUCAACGCACUCUUUUAGAGAAAUAGAAGAUGAUCGUCCGAGAAAGCAGCCCAGCCUUGCGAAACAGGAUCCUAAACAUCUGCAACCUGCCGGGCAGAGACAGCGAGGCCUUUGGUAGACGCUCCGUGUUAAUCUUGAGAUGCGCUUUGCCUCUUGCCUCUGGGCGGGCGAUGUUUACUAACGAUGAGUUUUACGUCCCAGGGGGGAUUUGUACCGCAUUCUACAGGGCCCUUGGGGGGGUUCCCGUGUGACGGGAAAACCUGACCGUGACCAAGUCCCCCUGCAAUUCAAAUAUCAGCCCCCUCGAGGUACCCCGACCCCGAACUCUGAGCCAUUCACAGAUCACAUGUACCUUGAACACGUCCGAAACUUCCAUGACAGCAUUGACCUUUUAUUUUUUUAUUAAAUAUAAGGUAAGCCUUC